AUGUCGCAUUCACUCACAGCCCGUAGUCCCUCUUUAAGGCUCCUCCCCAGUCGCCGUUCCGUGCCAUUGCGCGCCGAGCUUCGCGCCAGCCAGCCAACAGUCCAAUCAACGUUUCCUUCCAGCUCGCGGAAAUCCGUGCGCGUGUCGGCAGUUGCGGCGCCGAAAGAAGGAGCACAGGUGUCGACUUCCGCCGCGACAGAUGCUCGAUCGGCGGAGGUUGGCGGAAGCGGCGCGGAGCGAGCAGCGGAAGCGGAAGCGUCGGCGGUGGUGCUGCUGGACGUGCGCGAGAUGAUGUGCGGAGGAUGCGCCGCCGCCGUGCGCCAGGUGCUGUCGGAGCAUCCGCGCGUGAUUAGCGCGGGCGUGAAUCUCGUCACCGAAUCCGCCGCUGUUACCGUCUCGCUCCGCGCGCCUGAGGCCUCCGCUUCCGCAUCCGCUUCCGCCUCCACUUCCGCCGCUCCUUCCGCCACCGCGGCUUUCCCCCCCGCAAAUGCGAAGGCGGGCGACGCGGCGGCGGAGCUAGAGGCGCUGCGCGCGGAGCUGGCGGAGCUGGUGGAGGACGCGGGGUUCCCCUGCUCCGUGCGCCGCGUGGGGGAGGCGGACGAAGAAGCGGAGGCACGGAGGAAGGAGGCGGCGGAGCGGCGGCAGCGCGCAGUGGCGCGCGCACGCGUGGACGUGGCGGUGGCGGGCGUGCUGGCGGCGCUGUGCUGUGCACACCACGUGGGGCAUUUACUGCAUGGCAUGGGGCUGCACGCACUCGCUCAUGGCCCAUGGAUGGCUGUGCUGGACGAUGUGAGGGCACGCUCUGCCAUCGCUGCCGUUGCGCUGCUGGGCCCUGCCAGAGACUUGCUGCUGGACGGCAUGAAGGCACUGCUGCGCAGGUCACCCAACAUGAACUCCCUCGUGGGGCUUGCCUCGCUCGCUGCCUUCUUCAUCGCUGUCGCGGCACAGCUGUACCCGGACCUGGGCCUCGACUCCUCCUUCACUGACGAACCUGUGAUGCUGCUGGCGGUGGUGCUGCUGGGUCGCUCCCUAGAGGCCUCUGCCAGGGCGCAGGCCUCCUCCGACCUCAAUGCCCUCAUGUCGCUGCUCCCCUCCACGGCUCGCCUGCUAGUGCAAGAUGACAGUGCCGGGGGGAGCGAGCAGGGGGAGGGGGCUGAAGCAGGCGGGAGCACAAAGGGACUGCUGGCCUCUCUGAGUGCCUCUGGAGUGGGGAGUGGGGGUGUGAGUGAGGGAGGAGGACGAGGGGUGGAGAGUGGGAGUGAGGAGGAGGGGGGGGAGGGAUUGGCGCUAAGCAUGGCGGCGUGGGUGCAGGUGCCAGCCAAUCACGUGCGGCCGGGGGACCGGGUGCUGGUGCUGCCUGGUGACGUCAUCCCUGUGGACGGCGUGGUGGAGAGUGGGCGCAGUGCAGUGGACGAGUCUUUGCAAACAGGAGAGGCAGCCACAGUGCCCAAACGCAGAGGCGCUGCUGUUGCUGCCGGCACCGUCAAUUGGGAGGGCCCGAUAGUGGUUUCAGCAACAGCCACAGGUGCAAGCUGUGGCGUGUGUGAGAUGGCACGGAGGGUGGAGGACGCACAGCAGCGCACGGCACCAGUGCAGCGCCUGGCAGAUGCCAUUGCAGGGCCCUUCGUCUUCACCAUCAUGUCACUUUCUGCUGCCACCUUUGCAUUCUGGUACACGGUGGGCGUGCACCUGUACCCAGCAGUGCUGCUGUCAGACUUUGCAGGGGACGUCUCGGACCCCCUCGUGCUCAGCCUCAGACUCGCCAUCAGCGUGCUGGUGGUGGCCUGCCCAUGUGCGCUCGGCCUCGCCACGCCCACUGCCAUCCUCGUUGGCACAUCCCUGGACCCUGCAUGCGUGCAUGGCAGGUGCGAGGAGAGGGCUGCUGCUGCGUGGGGGAGGCUAGCAGCAGUCAAUGUGGUGUUUUGCGUCGACUCUGAACACGCCUCCCAUAACCUCAUUCACAUGGAUGCGUGUGUGCGUGCAUGGCAGGGGCGAGGAGGGGACUGCUGUUGCGCGGGGGAGACGUGUUGGAAAGACUGGCCGCAGUCGAUGUGGUGGCGUUUGACAAGCGAGGAGGAGAAGGGGGGGGCGGCGGAGGAGGGGAGGAGUGUGGACGGUGGCAUUCUGGGGUGCAUCUGUGUGAGCGACUCACUGCGCGCCGAGGCACAGGAGACCGUGAGCAGGUUGGAGUCACUGGGUGUAUCAGCAGCAGUGCUGUCGGGCGACCGGCAGGCGGCAGUGACGCGCGUGGCUGAGGCUGUUGGCAUCGCUGGCCCGGGGAAGGUUCUCGGAAGGCUGCUGCCGGAGGGCAAGGCUGAGGCGAUUGAGGGCUUUCAAAGGGACGGGCACAGCGUGGCGAUGGUGGGAGACGGCAUCAACGACACGCUCGCCCUGGCUCGUGCAGAUGUGGGAGUGGCGGUGCCUCCUCCAGGUGCCACCUCGGCUGUCAUGAGUGCUGCUGCCGAUGCUGCUGACCUCGUGCUGUUGGGAAACCGACUCACACAGCUAGUGGAGGCGGUGCAUCUAGCGCGGGCCACAAUGAACAGGGUGCGCCUCAACCUCGCAUGGGCCCUCGCCUACAACUGCCUCGCGGUGCCGCUGGCAGCUGGGGCCUUCCUCCCGGCCUACGACAUCGCCCUCACACCCACCCUCGCUGGGGGCCUCAUGGCUGGGAGCUCUGUGCUGGUGGUGGUCAGCUCGCUGCUGCUGCGACUGCACAAGGCACCGCAGUGA